UGUAGUGUCAUUGAUGUAGAGAGGGGGUGACCUCGUGCUUUAAAAUUGUUCCUGUGAAAGAUUAGAAAUCACAGAUCGGCAAGAACAUAAACCAAGAGCAACCAGAGACAGGUAAUGAUGAAGACUUCUCAGUGCCAAACCAGAGUCUCUCAGAGCGGCAGCGCGAGCUACGUGAGCGUUCUCAGCACCAGCGCAAUGAACACGUUCAGCAGCACGAGCCUCGCGCUUCUUGUUCUCCUCAUCUCAGCGAUCCCAGUCUGCAAAAGUGUUCCAAUACAACAGCAGAGAGCAAAUAUAUACCAGAACCAGCUUCUCAACCGGCUUGAAGAUGUGUGCUCAUCCUACUUUUCUGCAGACCUGCCAUUUCGGACACCUGAUGUUUUGGGAGAACUAUGUGUGUUAAUCCUUGAACAGAAGUCUAAGGACAUGAAAGUGCGGGACAAUCCUAGUAAAAGGUUUUUAUUUCAUUAUGCUAAGCAACAAGGUGCUGGCCUAACAGAGGGGGCGUCCCCUGUGAUGCAUCCUCUCCUGCAGCUAGUUCCUCAACUCAAUACCAGACGAGAGAGAGGAGAGGAGUUUGUGGUCCGCGAUGAUCUCCAGGGACCUGAGGGAAUUCAGAGCAGAGGAUACUUCUUAUAUCGGCCAAGAAAUGGAAGAAGAUCCCUAGAAUUUGAUUAAAUGUAAGGUAUGGGGUAUUGAACUGAACAGCCACAACCUUCAUAGAGUGGUUCAGACCUCUGCCCCAACCCCUUAAUGACCAUUGUACAGUGAUGUUGAAUGUACACAAUGAAAUGAAAGAAUCCAAAUAAAAUAGUCUUUGUUGGUCCAAAAGUCUUAUUUGUGUUACGAGGUGUCUUGAAUUAAAAGCAUUGUUAUAUGGUUAUUUUUGUGGUGGCAUGAUUUUGCAGAAAGACAGAUACUGCAUAAGAAACUUGCACAAAGAGGUCCUGACGCAACUGGAAAAUUGUCAGUGAACACGAAAGCGGAGUGUGUGUGUGUGUGUGUGUGUGUGUGUGUGUUAGCUGAAAUAUUCGUGACCAUAGCCUACUUAGUGUGCUCAAAAAAACUACACACACAAAUGUUGUCUUUCUCUGAAACAUCGCCUACACAAGAUUGAGA